GAGAGAUUUGGAUAACACCCCCAUGCCUUCUUGCUUUGAAUAUAUAAUGUUCCAAUGCCUUAUAAAUGAUGCAUGAACCAUCCACAUUGUUUGGAGCUUGGCAAAGACAGAGAUGUCUUCUGGGACAUUUGCUAGAGGUGCACACACCAUGAAUUCCAUGUUUUUCAAGCCAAUGAUUCGAAAAACCUACCACAAGAAAAGUUCCGCCGACACAAUACGUGAGACAAUGAAGGUGGAUGCCGAGGAAGUGAGGAACAAUAAGAGCCAUAUGAGAGAGACUGAUAGCAAUGGUUGGGUUCCACAUGAGAGGACUGGAAUUUAUUAUCCAAAGGGCCAAGAGAAGGUGAUGGAAGGCAUACCUCCAGCAGCCGAAAAGGAUGUUGAUGUGGUCAAUUGGUUUUCACACCAUGGGGAAUAUUGAGCAUAUUUUAAUUGUUCUAAUAUUUAAAGCUUAUAUAUGAAACCCGAUUCUUGUUUUCGGAUUAAAAUCCAAAUGUAAUUGAAUCUGUGCUUACAUUCUAAGAAAA